GUGUCUAAAGUGACGGCAAGGCGGUCUCUGUUCCACCUUUCUGCACUCUUCCACCGAGCUCUGAUCGCUCUCUCUAUUCCGUGUGAGAAAAAAAAGCGAGUCUGCUGCUGGUUGAUACGAGUAGGCUUAUGUGGUGAGUGCGAGGGAGUGAGUGCGAGGAGAAGAGUUGUAGAGUCAGACAGUCGUAUCGGUUUUGUGUAUUCUCUAUCCCGGGAACAGAAGGUAGCAUAGCAAGCGUUGCCGUGAAGGCGUGCUUGGUCUCAGUUUAGCCAAACUACAACGUCCAUUGUGUUAUCCUUGUUGCGUGUAAUGGCCGCCAACGGGUUUGUUGACGCCGCUAUUCUUUCCGUUUUACAACUAAGAGUUGUUGCUCGAUGAUGUCGCGCAUCGAGCGCCUCUGAGAACCAUCGAUUCAGACACUUGAUCGGCUAAACGUUGUAAUUAUUUUUUUUUUCGCGCCCCCCUCGAGUGUGUGACCACGACGCCUGACCUGAACUAUCAUAUAUAAUACAUAUAUAUCCAUAAUUAUAUACGAGCAAGUUUUUUUUACUAGCCAGCAAGACAAGUUGUUGAAGAGUGAACCCACAAGAGCCACCAACAAUCCUCAUCUUCAUCAUCAUCAUCAUCAUCAGCAAGCAGCACAACCUUACACUUGGUCGUCAUGAACUUAGCGAGCUGCCAACGCUCUAUUCUGACAACUGUGUCGCCCUGACGUGCCCACACAUUUAAAUCAUCAUCACCACAAGGCAAAUAGGACCAACAAUUUAAUAAAAAAAAAAAAAAAAAAAAAAAAACCGGAAGGUCCUUGAAAAAUUACACUAAGUUUUACAAGAUUGACCUUUGCCCAUCGCGUCCUUCUUUCUCUGACCUCUUUUUUACCUAAACCCUUUUUGUUAAAUCGCGAUUGAGCUCCAAUUGAUGUCCGGUAGUUGUAAAUAUUUAAAUAUUAAUAUAUUAAAUAAUAAUAAUAAUUAAAGUGUUAAAUAUUGUGAGGGAAAAAAUAUUUUUGGGAGUAUUUAUACUGAGAUAAUUAAUUGUUUCGAUCAAUCUCCCGCGCACUUACCGCCGCUGCGGUUAUGGCAACUCACCGAUCAUCCGGGUGCGUUAAACUGGACACUGAGAUUGUAUAGUGUUAAUUACAACAGUAGCAGUUAACAGUAUCGUCCAGUAUCAAGCGGCAUCACACAUCAGAUUAGAUCUUGAUUUGUUAUAACGGAUGUCCAUUGAUUGCGCAGGGUCAUAAGCAGCGCAUCAAUGGCCCUAGAGUCAAAUGGUAACAACGUGGUUUGGUUAAGUACAACAACCCAUCCUGAUCAAAUACAGCAGCAUAUUGUUGUCAAAGACGAAACACUUCAAAUUGAAGACGCUAAGGAUCAGCAUAGAUUUCAACGGGAUUUGAUUAAAAUUCCAAAUCAAUCGAGUCAACAGAUUGAGCAACCAGUCAAGUGUUCCAUGUUUACUCAAACGGAGCAGACUAAUAGUUUUACACAAACAGAACAAAGUAAUUCUAGUUAUACAGACCAACGUCAGCCUCAAUUAGCAACCAUGUUUGACCCACAACAAAUUCAGCAGCAGCAAGCUGCUCAAAGUCAGCAAUCACAGCAGCAACAAACGCAACAGAUGUAUGUUACUGAAAAAAAAGAAGACAAAUCUCAGCAACAAACAACAACAGCUGAUUUUCCAUUUUAUUACAAUGUUAACAAUCUUAACAUUUUGCAAAAAGUACAGACUAAUGCCGUGAGCACUAUUAGUGCAAUAGCCACCGACGAUAAAGGCUGUUAUCGCUUUGAUGUCCAGCCAGUUACUGGUUACGGUUUGCUUAAUCAAAUGAGUAUUGCCGCGGCAACAAAUCCUACCAAUGCUACUUUUAAGUGUGAUUUGUGUGGCCUUAUAUUUGGUCACAUGAGUUUACUUACUCACCACAAGAGAGUUCACAAUACCACGCCGAGUAAUCUUCAGCAACCUCAACAAGCUGUAGUACCGACUCCUACGACAGUUGCGAUUCCUGCCACACCUGAACGCCCGUACACCUGUGAUGUAUGUGGUGCAUGCUUUGCGUUACCUGGUGAAUUAAAAAGCCACAAAACGAAUAUGCAUCAAAAACCAAAGGUGCAAGCAUGUGAAGAGUGUGGGAGUGAAGAUCCUUGUGAACAUAAUCCUACUAAAGUUAAAAAGACAAUCAAACCUGGACAUCAUCCCGUCAAGCGACGAGGAGUAACCAGUGUUACCAAGUGCCACAAAUGCAACGGAACCGGAAUUAUUUUUAUCGGUAAAGAUGAAGAAAAACUAGAUUCUGGAAUCAGUUCUCUUGCGAAGUGUGGCGUCUGCAAGGCAACUGGUCACAUCACUAUCGGAAGCGGCAAGCAAAAUCAGAACCAGCCAGAGAAGCCAUUUCAUUGUAAUGUUUGCGACGGGACAUUUUCACGCUACUCGUCACUCUGGUCUCAUAAGAGACUUCAUUCUGGAGACAAGCCAUUCAAAUGUGAAGUCUGUGGUUUGGCCUUUGCAAAAGCUGCGUAUUUGAAAAAUCACGGACGUGUUCAUACUGGUGAAAAGCCUUUCAAGUGUAGCGUAUGUGGUAUGCAGUUCUCGCAGAGCCCUCACUUGAAGAAUCACGAGAGAAUUCAUUCAGGCGAACGCCCGUAUCAGUGUGAAGUGUGUGAAAAAACAUUUGCGAGACAUUCAACCCUGUGGAAUCACCGAAGAAUUCAUACUGGUGAAAAACCAUACCGUUGUAAUACAUGUGGUUCAGCUUUCAAUCAAGCGACGCACUUGAAAAAUCACGCCAAGGUUCACACCGGCGAGAAACCUCAUAGAUGUGAUAUUUGUGAGAUUGGAUUUUCCGAUCGUUUUGCUCUAAAACGUCAUCGUGCUAUUCAUGAAAAGUACGGUCAAACUGCGCGAAACCAGAAUGCCAACAAUGCAAGUAAUACGCAGCAGCCAAACACUAGUAAUCAACAGCAACAACAGCAACAGCAACAGCAGCAACAACAACAACAGCAGCAGCAACAACAACAACAGCAACAACAGCAGCAGCAGCAGCAGCAACAGCAACAACAGCAGCCCCAACAAGCUCAACAAGGGCAACAAGUUGUUGUAGUAAAUGCCACUACGCCUGUAACUGUUAGUCAAGGCCAAGGACAAACAGUGAUGAUUGAAGACGUUUAUAAAUGUCAAGUGGCCUUCCCGGAGCCUAAAUGAUUUGAUACUUGAAGGACUCCUGCCAAAAUUUGUGCUGAGCCGAAUGAGGUUAUUGCAUCUUCAUUUACUUUUAAUACAGUAUAAAAAAAUAUUACAGUGGGAACUCCAAUGUUUUGUCAUUUUGAUUAAAUUAAUCAAAGGUGUAUGUGCAACGCAUUUUUAUAUGAACAGUUGACAAGAGCGAUGCCGUUCAUCUUGGGAUUAAAAAAGAA